ACGAGCUGCCUGGUCACAGUUGUGUGAGCCACCGCGCUUUCAACUUGACGUACGUAUGUGACAUCAACGGAUCAAGAACCGACCCGCGUGGACAUUCGUUACCUUUUCGGAUAAAUUAGAGUUGUUUUUUUGUAUACUGUACAUGUCGCUUGUUGGCUACAGUAAUUAGAAUUCACGGUCCGCACAGGAUUACUACUUAACCAAGGUUAGUUGGGGAACCACCUGGACCCAGAUAUCAAUACCGCUGUUUCAAAGGACCACAAUGGCUGUGUGCUUCAGACACCUGGACAUUAAGCUGCCUUGACCACAUCCCUCAACGCUUUCAGGUUGAACUUCUUAAAAUCCGCUGUUGUGUCUUUUUUUUCUUACCGUCACCAACCCGGUGUCUGUCGACCCCAAUUCUUUGCCCGUGGAUUUUGAGAAGCUCCAGUCGCCAUCAUGCCCAUCCUGAAGCAGCUGGUGUCCAGCACCUCCCAGUCCAAGCGGCGUUCACGCAUCGACCUGACGCCCGAAAUGAUCAGCGCUCCUUUGGGGGACUUCCGCCACACCAUGCACGUGGGCCGCGGCGGAGAUGCUUUCGGCGACACGUCGUUCCUCAGCACCCGGUCAGGGGAAGCACCCAAACCUGAACCGGAAGUCAAACAAAACUCCCCCGGACCCAAACCGGGCAUCCUGUCGCGGACCUUCAGGAGCAGCAAGCGCUCUCAGUCGGUUAACAGAGGAGACAAGUACGAGAGCAACAUGCUAGCGGCCCCUGGUGGUUCGCCCAAAUUUGUGAAGACCGCCAUCUCUAUGCCUUACCUCAAUGAGGAGGACGCGGGCAGGGGACAUCGGCUUCCCAAGAGCGCGUCCUCCAGCCCCUUGAAGAAACUCCCGGAGAGCGACGGCAAGGCCGUCAACGGAGCCGCAGCUAUGGCGACCAUGGACAUGGAAUACGACGAGCGGAACUUCGGCGAGCUGACUGACCUGCCCCCGUCCAUGCCGCGGAGCGGGGGCAUGAAGCACGCCGAGUCCAUCAUGUCCUUCCACAUCGACCUGGGCCCCUCAAUGCUGGGAGACAUCCUCGGCGUCAUGGACAAGAAGGCCUGGGAGGAGGACGACCUGGGCUACGAGGAGGGCCGCAGCUCCCCGCCCUUCAGCCCCCCCGCGGAGGACCGGGACCAGCCACCGGCGAGGGCCCCCCGCGCCACACACCCGCAGAAGCCCCCGGCGGACCCGUACACCCCCGAGCUGAGCGGCAGGAACCUCCAUCACCACCAGCACCUCGACAGCUGCUCCGUGUCCAGCUCCGGCUCCGCGGCCCUGGACGAGAAACCCCUCAACCACGUCCAGGAGGGGGACACGGACAGCGCCAAGUACAGCUCGCCCCGGGGGGAGGAGGACAGGGACUUCUCCUUCAUGGACGAGGAUGACGAUGAGAUUCGGGUGUAACGGGGGUCCCGCUGGCCCUAUGAACAUUGUUUGAGGACACUGGGAGACCCAAGUAUUGUCUGUGAGCUGGGAAGCUAUCAUCACAACAUGAGAGGGGUUGGGGGUGGGUGGGGGGGACUAUGAGUAGGGUAGAAAGGCAGCCAUAUCGUCAUAUUCUACUUGAGAUUCUAGAGAUUGACAUUAGCCAGAGAGUCUCUGCAUGUUCCAUGAGAUACCACCCAUAUUAUGAAUACAAACAUGGUCUGUUAUUGAGACUUAUUUACUUAACUUUGCCAGAAGGAUUUGAGUUGGCUAACCAUGUGGAGACUUCCAGAUUGAAUAGAAAUGGAAGUUCCUGUCCCAUGAGACCUUUUACUUUGGACUGGUAACAAAUUCUAUCUUCGACCACUGAACGAAGCAAUUGAAGGCCGAGAGCAAGAGACUGGAAACAUCUUGUCACACACACCAAGGCCAGUAGUAUGUUGGAGUUUUUCUUUUGUAUUUAAAGCUAUUUUCUGUCCUGAGAGCAGGCCUUUGUAUGGUCACCUUAUCAUAAAUAUAGUCCCCAGAUUCCUACUUCCUACUCAUAGUUUUCGGAUCCCACUGCGCCUUAUCGCAAAACGUUAUGUGCAUUCACACAAUGGUGAAACACACAUUCAGGCUCCCUCCAGUGUUCUGUUAAGUGGAUCUCCCUUCACAGGCAGUCACUUUACUGGCUGCCCUAAAGAGAUGUUAAUGAGGAAGGGAACUUCAACCAAUAGUCGUGACCACCACAUUCUUUUAAAAGGGGAAGUGUGAGGUAACUAUGGUUAGAGCAUGACCCAUUCUCCUGCUGUUGAAGACACGGGACUCCUGCAAGCAUGAUGCAUACUGGGGUCACGAUCUGGAGGCCAUGACACUUUAAAAAAAAACUGAAGGCUGUUUUCCACAAGCGUUGAGUAAGGAAGGGGAAAAUAAGUGAAAUUCAGAAUUGGGAUGACACAAAUCUAAUAGUGCUUAAGCAUAUCCAGGAAACCUUAAAAGGUCAGUACAUGUAUUAGGGGAGAGGUGGCAGUAACACUAAAUACAAUUUAUUUUGUUGAUUUAUUAAGUUUUUCAGAUCAAAAGCCAUGUUUACUACACAUGUACAUAUAUUAUUGAUUAGUUGGCCAAGUAGUGGCACAUGACAUUUGAACUCAGUAGGUACACUUCCAACAAUUCUGCCAGCUUCCUAGAGGCCUUCUAGAAGAGUUGAUCAACCAUUCCUUGUGUUCACAGACAGCGAUCAGUUUUAAGACAAUGAGUGAGCUACUUCGAUGAGGGAACGAUCACACCUGAGUGUAGAUAACAUUUACGUAAGUCAGUGCAGACCUUGAGUUGAUGACUUGGUUUGGCCAUUGGGAACACCCACACACACAUAAUGCCAAGCCGAGUCACUCGGAUUUUGCUAGGGAAUGGUAUUAGAUGACAAAUAUCUAAAACACUAACUUCAGUUCCGAGUCACACUAUUUCGUUUCAAUGGUCCUUUUAGAUGACUUUAUUUUGACAUGUCUAAAAACAAAAUAUGACACAUUUUGAAUUUGAAAGUGAAACAGUGGCCUUCCUUAACUGAAGUUCAAUGUCUAAUGUAACAUGUCUUUUUUUUUUCUCUCUCAGCAAACUUCCCAAGAGUAGAGAGCGUGCUCGUGGCUUAGAGUAAUGACCGUAUGUUGGUAUGUGGUCAUAUCUCUCAUCCCACAUCACGGGUCGGUAGGUUCAGCAGGUCAGCAGAGGGACGAUGGGUGUGAGGAGGAUUCUCCUGAGUGAUGUGCCCCUCCACUGUGCCAUUCAUUGUGUUCAUCCCAUUCAAUCAGCCAAUCAUCUGGCUCUCCUCAACCCUCUAAUUCAUAAACAGAGGCCUGUGACCAAUUACCGCCCCUUCUUUCCCUACACGCACACCCAGACACUUAUCCAUUCACGAUUCUAGAUCAUUAUCUGUUGUUGAAACAGGAAGCGCUCUGCCCACUGCUUCCUGUGUCCGUGUCUCAUCUUUCGCCUUUUCCUUGAGAGGAAGGAAGUUAUAUCUGCCACAUGUGCCACAGGGGAGCACUGGUUUAGUUUCCUGUUGUGGCAUUGGUUGGUCGGGUGAGGGAGGGGGGGGGGCACAUUACUCAGUAGUGUUAAUUGGGGGAGGGGGGUGGGAGGGGUGUCAGGAUAUGAUGUCACUUAGUGGUAUCUUUGUAUUGUCAGAGAGAAUACGUCUGCAUGUGUACGUGAGGGAUCAACACAGUUCAGAGAUGAGAAUGAUUGGGUGGAAAAUUGCCAAGUAUGUAAUAAUGAUCGUAUUGGGAGGACAUUAACAUGACAUUGGAUACAAUGUGUUUGUGUUGGACACAUUGCAAUAUGACUCAAUUUUUUGUUGUCGUCUCAGGCCUCUCAUACUGGAAAUGUAUGUGGGCCAAAAUUGGGAUUUUCUUUUCUAUGUUUCUACUUCUACAUUGUUUUCCCCUCUCUAGUCUCUGAUAGCGGACUGUGAGUUACAGGGGGAGGGGGGUUGCAGUCACUCUUAGCUGUUCUUUGAAGCAGGGAGACUCUCACCACCACCAUCUUCACAACUGCCAUCAGACGGAUGGAAAUACUGAUUGUGCCAUCCACCAAUACAUUGAACAAUGGCCGUUGUAUUUUUUCACCGUAUGACAAUGUUCCAGCGUGACAGCAGCGAGCGUCGAGUGAGUGGAUUCACUGUACCUCUUGUCGGACCUUUCGGAUGACUGUCACUGGUGAGUGGUGAAAGAGCUGUUUAGCUGUAGGUUGGUUCAGUUUUCUACUCUGUGGCUAGUUUAUGCCAAGUUUGUGCUUUUUUUUUUCUCCUCUCUUUUGUCUCUGUUCAACUGUAUAUUAAUAUAUAUUUACCUCCCUCACUUUCCUAUUUGAAAUAACGGCUAUAUUUUUCAAUAAAAGAGAGAGCUGAUAAUCUGAA